AUGGCGAUGAGUUGGGCAGACAUGGCUCAAGCCGAAUUCGACGAACCUCAUCCUGUGAUGCCAGCUUCGAAGAUUGGCACCCAACCAGCUUCCCAGCCUGCAACCAGCGCUUGGACGCAGUUCACCACCAAGCGAAAGUCCUCCAGCGUGACCACGAACGGAAUGAUGAACGGCAUCAAACCUGCCUCUACCGAAGCAUCACAGUCCGACAAGUCCACUGACUACCUCGCCAUGGUCGAGGCCCAGAACAAGCGUCUCGAGGCAUUGGAGGCCGAGUCCAAGAAGAAGGACGGCUAUAUUGCCGAGUUACUCGCCAAGGUCGAUAAGCAGGUUCUUUUGAUUCAGCAGUGUCAGGACGAUGCCGCCGAGCUGGCUCGCUUGCGCACUUAUGUUGAUGAAUUGCAUGCUCAUGUCGAUGAGCUCCGCCGCCGCCUCGAGGCGCAUCUUGAUACCGAUACGGAUAGGUGCUCGACUGGCAAGUCUACGAGUGCCACUCUCGAAGAUUCGGUUGCUCAGAGCGUCAAGGAUACUGCGGUGACGGAUGAUGAGAAGAGCGCUGACGAGAAGACCGUUGCCGUCGAUGCGAAUGACUUUGUUGAUGGUCCCCAGGACCUCCAUAAUCUUCCUGACGAGCCCAAUCGUUCCCCCAGCCCUCCUUUGCAGCCUGAGGAGGAGAUUAGGGUACAUACUAUGGAAGAGGAACCUCAGGACAAGACGGCCGAUACGGAUGCUGUCCCUAAGCCAUCGCCCACCGCUUGGGGCCUCAACGCCGACCUCCCUCCCCUUCCGAAGCCCUGCCGCGCUGAGACAGAAAAUGUGAAGGCACCUCCGAAGUUGUCCAUUCCCAUCACGAACGGCGGUAAGAUUGAAACCAAGACGACCACCGCCUCCUGGGUUUCGAAGAUCGCGAACAGUGCCGGUUCCUGGUCUGGCGAUCAGCCCUCUAAAGAUUUGCGCGACAUGACCAUGGCUGAGCGUGCAGAGCUCUUCCGUGGCCCCUCUAUCACUGUCAUCGUGGGCACCGAGCAGAUUCGCGGCUUCCCUAAGCACAUGUUCAUGGCGGCCUCCUCCAAGAUUCGCGAUUACUUCGUGCGCAAUCCUACCGAGACGUACAUCGCAUUCAAGGCUGGUGCCGUGGCAGUCCCCGUUAUCCAACUCCUGAAAGAGUAUUUCUGCGCCAUUGGCUCACACAGGAGCGUCUUCAGUCUGAAGUUGCGCUACAACAUGCAACAGGAUCUCGCCAUUCGCCGCGACUGCAUCUACCUUGGAAUGGAGAAGUAUGUCGCCCACUUCACCCGUCAGUACUGCGACAGGGUCCGCGAGGGCGCCAUCGUUUUGGAGGAUAUUGCCCUGAUUGAGAAGAAUACCACCGAUGACGAUAGCCUGUGGAACUGUCUGUGCAACAACCUCGCUACCAUGCAUGUUCGCAAGACGCUGCCGGAGCCGGAGAAGUUUGAGGAGUUCAUGGGGAAGCACCCUCGGUUGGCUCAGUCGAUUGGUAGGAUCGAGACGAGGCUCCAGAAGCAUGGGAAUAGCAACCGUGAAGGUGGGCGUACGAACUCGGAGAAGUCGAAGGUGAAGGUUCCAAUCAAGAAGGCGGUCAUGACGAAGGCGAGCAAAAAAUCAGAUCCGGAGCAUGCGCAGCGUGACGGCGAUGGUGCGUCUAAGAAGGUGAGUGUUUAG